UUUUGAUGUGGCUGUGGCGUAUAAAUUUAGAUUUCUAAGUACUCGUAAUUCCGCUAACUAAUGUAUUCAUAUUCAUGGUGUAAUUUAUUCAAGUUUUAACGUUUAGUUCUUUUAUUUUGAGUUCAUCCAGAUUUUUUUAGUGAAAUGUUAAAAUAAUUGUAUAAAAAUGAAAUGGUCUCGGAGCCAAAUAAUGGGAUGUCCCAGUCCCAUUAGAACUCAUUUAUUUUUAAUUUUAAUUUAUUUUAUUUUGUGUUUGACGUCUGUGUUUGGCGCAACACAACAAACAACGCAACGAUCACCAGAUGAAAGAUGUGCGAGUUUUAAUACACCCGGCAUGACAAAGCCAAAAGGUGAUAUCGUUUUGGAAGAGGGUCAAGAUUUAGAUAUUUACUGUAUCCUAAAUGAUGAAUACAUGAAAAGUGAGAAUCACAUGAACUCAUCACAUCUGGUGUUUGAUCAUGACUCAAUUUCUUUGAGAAAGGAAAUGGUGGAAAUCGUAAAUGCAUCAACAAUACGUUUACACGUGAAAAAUGUGACCCGUUCAUACAGUAACUACUAUUGUAAAUUUGAUAAUGGAACCAAAGUUUGCUACAAUAAAGUUGCCGUUGAUACGAAACCACGUGAUAUUGAAAAAACAGAUUUUCAAUGUUAUUCGAACAAUUGGCAAAAUUUAACAUGCAAAUGGCGAGUACCAGAACAUUACGUGAAAACAAACUACACGUUAACAUACAUGUUACCAGGCAGAGCAGCUCGUGUAGUCUACGCAUGCCCCCCAAAUCAACUCAAAAACGACGGCAAUGAAUAUCAAUGUUUUUGGAGUUUGAAUACACGUCCUCUUUAUCGACAAACGUAUCCAUUAUUAAAAUUUACAUUGAAUUCCUCAAAUAUUUUUGGGGAAACAAUUAAUAUUUUUGAAUUUUCUCAUUACGCGUACGUGAUACCAAGUCGGCCAGAAGGAUUAACUGACAUUAAAGAGAAUCGAACAGCAUAUUCGGCUCUACUCGAAUGGAAUACGAACAUUGAACUAUUAACUUUUCCACCCGGUAUACUUUAUCAAUUAAAACUUCAAUCGCAAUUCGAUGACAAGAGUGAUUGGGAAAUUAUUGAAUUUGGAAAAGAAGAAUUAAAAAAUGUUACAAAGGACUACGUCCAUAAAUAUAUCUAUCCGUUGAACAAUUUAAAGUUCCCGAAUACAAUCUUUGAAGUACAAUUAAGGUCACGUUCAAAGGAGGCACGUAACGAUUGCUGUUGGUCCGGAUACGCGAACUACACAUUUAAAACGUUAAUGGAUCGACCAAGUCAACCGCCUCGAAUGGAUGUUGGCAGUUUUGAAAUCAUUGAGAGUGUGAAAAAAGAUUUACGAGAUGUGUACAUUUAUUGGCAACAAAUUCGACCACAUCAACAGAAUGGUGACAACUUUAAUUAUACGAUUAUCGCACGUGAGAACAAUAAGAUGAUUGUUGUGAAACCAGUUGAGUUGAAGCUUGCUUAUGCCAAAUUUAAUGCACUUGGUCCUCAAGAAUACUUAUUUGAAGUAUUAUCGACAAACGCUGUGGGUCAUUCGGAUUCUGGUACAAUUGUACGAAUUCCAAGCCUCAAAAAUAUGAUUCCUCAACCAUCAUCGUUCACCAAAAUUAUUUACGAAAAUAAUAAAUAUGAAUUAUCAUGGAUUGCACCGAAAACUCAUCAUAAAAUUAAAACUUACACCAUUUUUUGGUGUAAGAAAACAACAGAUCGUCCCUUUCAAUGUAAUGGUUACUUGAAUUGGAAUCGUGUGAAUGGUAAUUUGAACACAUGGAACCUUACCAUGGAAGAUGAUGGAAUUUAUCAAUUUGCAAUAUCCGCAAACACAGAUUCAAGUAGUAGUGGCAUGGCCUGGGCAAAAUGUACAGUCAUUCAUGAUAAACUUUCAGUUCAAGGUAAAAUGAGAAACUUUUACACGGAAGCCAAAGGACCCAAUGUCAUUGACGUUAAUUGGAAACUGGAAUGUUCCGGUCGAAUUGGAGUUGUUAUCGGUUUUCAAAUUUAUUAUUGUCCAGUUUUAAAGCAAGAAAGUUCCGAAUGUCUAGAACCAGAAAAAAAUCUGACUGUUCGUGGAGAUUUAUCAACAAAUUUUGAAAAUUUAACAAAUUUAAUACCGUUCACAUGGUAUCGUAUUAAUAUUGCUGUGAUCACACGCAAUAGACAAGGACAUAACGAUGAAGGACCCAAAAGCGAUCCACAAUUUGUUAGAACAGAUGAAGCACCUCCUGGUAAACCUCGUAAUGCAAUGAUCAGCGAUGUUACGAACACGACAAUUAGCAUAGUUUGGGAUGCACCGGAAACAAUAAAUGGCGUUCUACGACACUUCAAAAUUAAAUAUAAAUCAGUGUUGAAUGUCAGCGACAACGGAGAGAUUCAAGUUCAAUAUCAAGGAUCUCAGCCAAAUAAUUCAGCGCAACAAUCCUUCAAUGUAACUUUAACUGGUUUAAGAAGUUACACAAGAUACAACAUAGAAUUGUCUGCAUGUACUCGUUUUUGUUCAGAGGUCGUUUAUCUAAAUAAAACUACAUCGUACGGAGUGCCCGAUAAAAUGCAUAAAUUAACCACAAGUUAUAAUACGAACGGAUCACUUUCGUUGGAAUGGAUCCCGCCAGCAAAUCCUGGUGGACCGGCUUUCUAUCAAUUAAGGCGAGAUUAUUUUAAGGACCAAUUAGCACAUCAGAAAAUUUAUAAUUCUACUGAUAAUCCUCUAUUGGUGAAGGAUCGACAAAUAUGUGAUAGUGAUUCUCGAAUUACAUUUAUAUGGCGUGUUCGUGCUGUUGUUAUCGUCGAUAAUAACACGGGUGAACGUUUGGAGGGACCUUGGAGUGAUUCGAUCGAAGCUCCAUGUACUCCACAAUCAUCUUCCCUUCUAAUGUAUUGCAUUCUAGUUAUGUUCUUGUUGAUUGCGAUUUGUCUGUUCACAUUCUACGGUAACAAAGUUUGGAUUCAUUGUAAAGAUAUGCGUAACGUUGAAGUGAAACUGCCGCCUGGAUUAACAACCGCCAGUGGAGGAGUUGUAGGUGACAGCACCCAUUGGAGUCCACAAGGCUCCUUAUGUAUUACUCAAAAAUUACCAAAAGAUCGUCCGAUUACUGAUACAGCACAUCAUUUAACGCAUCAUAUAAUCGCAGCCGACGAACAACUUUUAUUGGAAAAGAAACGUGAAUUCGAUUCAGAAUUAACGGAUCUAUCGGUGAAUCAAAGCAUGACGAUGAAUUUGAGCAACAGUGAAACGGCGAGUGUUUGUAAUUCAAGUAAUGAAUCGGAGAUCAGUUCUUCGACACCGAUCACCAACUUGAAUUUAUCGAUCGACAAUAAUAGCAGCUCUUCGGAGAAGGAUAAUUGUUCGUUGCGUUUGCGUAACGUCCAAACAAAACCAACGGGUAUCGUUGAUACACAGAAUCAAGCGCCAUGGACUAAAGGAUAUGUGACGUUACCAACACCAGAUAAAAAUGAUCAAUUUGCAACGGGUCCCUGGUCCAAAGCAAUGCAAUUAAAAACUUUGGACGGAUACUCACAGAUUGGUGUUGAUGGUAAACAAAUGCAAGCACCACCAGCUAAUAGUGGAUACGUUCCUCAUACAGCGAUGUCACCGCCUGCUGGAAAUGUACCUCCACAGGUGAUGCCCAUCAUCAAAGCAUCGCCACAAUCACCGGAGAAUAUCACAAGUACUGGUGCUUAUUUGUUACCGAAACCAAGUGACGAUCUGGUGAAAACACUUCACGAUGAAGAAAAUGACGAAGAUGACGAUGACGAUGAUGAUUAUAAUCUAUCAGAACAAGAUUCACCGUUGGUUGAUUUGGAGCCAUCUAGCGGUGAAUUUUCAUCAAUUGAAACAGAUGAUUUAAUAAAUAUUGAAGAAAGUGGGGUGAUGAUUUAUGAUGACGGUGACGACGUUACCUGCAAUCCACCAGGACAACCACCAGACGUUACCGAAUCAACUACACCAUAUGUAUCAUUAGCUACAGCUAUGUCACGCAGUGCUUCACAACGUGACCAAUCGAAAUUGCCAGCAAUUGUAGAUAACACACAAGCCGGUGGUCCAGGACCAAUUGUCUCACCGACGCAACCAUCUUCAACGACAAACAAACCCACAACACCGAAUCCAUAUUCUAGGAUCGGCAUUUGGGACAAUACACCAUCGUCAGUCACUACCUGGCAACCGCCACCAACUGGUGCGUCUGCUGAAGUGAACGUCGAAAACAAGGAGUUUGUUUUACCACAACCAGCUGGUACACUAGAUAGUGCACUACCAGCAGAUAAAACACAACCAGCUUCUUCGACAACAGUUGGGGGUGAUCAUCGAACUGCAACUAAAUCAUCCGGUUAUGUACCUCACAGACAAUUUGAUUGUAAAUUAUUUAAGGAAGAUUAAAAGUCGUGAAAGGGAGCACCAGGUAGCAACAGAAUUACUUGAUAAUGACUAACAUUUUUAUGGACUUUUUAUUUUAUAUUUGUUUAAACGAACGUUUUACGGGUGUUCGUUCUAAAGUGUGUUUUUUUUAUUGAUAUUAUUCGAAACAUUCGAAUUAGUUCGAAUCAGUGAUAUUUUAAAGUCAAUUGCAGUGCAAUUUUGAUCGUAAAGUGUGGUAAGAAAUUCCCGAUUUUUAUUAUUUUAAAAUAGACAUCCAGUUACAGGGUGGCCCCAUACACAUAUAGAAAAUCUGAAAUUUUUAGAAAAUAUGACUGUAUCCACAAUUAUUAUGGAAAUAUCAGGGAAAAGAAAUAGCAAUCAUUGAAUAAUUUCGAAACUAGCGGAAUACUAUGGAAAAUCAGUGAUUUUCAGGGAAAUUUUGAUGGCCACUCUAUUUUUUAACUUUUAUUUUUACGUGUUUUUAAUUUAAAUUAAAUCAAACAUUAUUUAAUUCAAGAAAUAACGAUUUUUAACGACAGGACCACGUUGGCCUUGCCUGUCUGUAAUUUAUGACCUGAAAGAAUAUAAGAUUCUUGGCGGGAACUAACUUUUUUAGCCAAUACUUCCUCUUGGGGCCAGAUUAACUGUCAGGAUAAAACCUGGCACACCUAGUCUAUACUGUACCUAUCGUUAAAUAAUAUUGAUUUAUGUGCGAAAUUUCCAAAUCCGUGUAAGUGCAAUUUUACUGGCGUGGCGAUCCCCGUCAAUAAUAUACUACUUAAAUGUCAAUGUAAGUGAACGCUAGUCACCUCCGUUAGUGAAACGUAUCUUUACUAAUAAUGGAUAAAGUUAAAAUUACAAAUCAAUUAUAGAGAGUGUUAACAAAGUCCAGGAACAGCUCAACAGGAAAACUCAUUACUGGUAAGAGAUAGAGGAAAAUUUUAAGGUAAAAAAGUUGUUUCCAACUUUUGUUCGAAACUUUUUUGAAAAAGACUAUACAAAAAUUAUCCUGGUGUUCCUGUACUUUUGUAACACCCUGUACAAGCAAUUGAAAUAUUGUACAUAGAUUAAAAAACAUGAACAACAAUGAAAAUGGCACAAUAUUAGAGCGAACAUCCGCCAUAUUUUUUAGGGAACUAUUUAAAAUAAUAAACAAUGCAUUUAAUUGUGCGCAUAAUCUUAAAAACAUUAUACUCCUUACCAUGUAACCGGUUCCUCCACUUUUUUUAUAAAAUAAUCUAUGCACAUGCUAAUUUCAAAAGCGUAAAACAAAAAAAAAACUUACACGUUCUACGUCAAAACAACAAUCACUGUUUAAUCCCAAAAAAAAAAACCCAAAUCUUUCAAACGUUUUGUGGUUAAAUGUUUUUUUAAAAAAAGAUUUAUAUAUUUGUGUGUGCCUAUCUGUAAGUGUGUAUGUGAAUGUGUGUGUGUGACAUGCAUUUUGGUAUGUAAGUCUGUGUGGUAUGAAUGUUUUUAAUGUGAAUGUAAAUGUGUGUUUUAUAAUUAUGAACGUUUGUACAUGUUUACGAUUUAGUUUUAGUAGAUUUAUAUAAUUAAAUAACAGAUCGUUUUAUUAUUAUUUUUAGUUUGAUACGCCACUGGUUUUGUUCUAAAUUAUUAACAGCGUAAAUUUUACGUAAAUCAAGUUUAAAUUAAUUAUAACGACCCUAAAAUUAUGAUCUCUGUAUCCAAUAGUCGUUAUAAGCGAUAUAUAUGUCACAGUCAACUUAAUUAACCGUUCAGUUAACACUCUAGCCUUUUUACUAAAACGACGUGGUCUGAAAAUUAUUCAGCCAUAGCGUCUAACAUUUAUUUAAUUAACUGGAUGGAUCAAAAUUAAUUUUGAAAUUAAAUUUAAUCAAUUUUCGAAAGAUCGGUGCCGUAUCAUACUAAAAAAAAAUUAAGAACAGAUAUUUUUUUUAAAAAUUGACUUUAUUUUUAAAAUUCUUUUUUAAGAAACCUCGUUUAUAAUUCCCGCCAUCUUAUAUAACACAAUGUUUUUGAUUUUGACUUUUUUUUUUUUGUUCAGAGAAAAUGUGAAAAUGCUUUUUAUUUAGGUGUAUUAAUAAUUGUAGAAAUAUCUUUGAAAAAUUAUAUUUUCGAAAUUAAUAAAAAUUAUAUCGAUGAAUUCGAAAGAUCUCUUUAAAUUAAAUCGAUAAUACUAUCGUUAUAAUUUUUAUCAUGUUUGGUGCGCGCAUUACGUAUUACGGUGGUGAAUUUUCACUAUAAUUAUACAUUUAGGGGUUCUGUAUAUGUUUAGAAGAGUUAACGCGGCACAGUUUGUGAUUUUAUCGUUUCAAAUUUUUGUUUCGAAAACGAUUGGGCGAAUAUUUUUUGAGGUAUCGAUCCAAAUAUCUUAAAAAAUAUUCGUUCAGUUUUGAAAUUGGUUUUUCCAAAUCCAAAAUUCUUCUAAACAGAUUCGAUUACCUCUGUGAUUAAUAGCAAAACAUCGCCAUGUAUUUAUUUUUUUCUUUAAAUUGUAUAUUUUUGUUGUUUAAAAGUCCGGAAAAAUGAAAGAGGGUAAAAAUUUGUUUUGAUCAAUAAUUUUUCAA